AUGGACCUAUUUUUUUUCGCUCUCCUAAGCACCUCCAUCCCGCUUGGGCUCCUAGCCCUAGCCCUUUAUCUCAGCCCGUCGUUUAUUUGCCUCGCAAUUUACUUUCACCUUUUCCGUGCAUUUCUGAGGGUUGCGCUAAUUGCGGGUUUGGAAUCUCGAGCGAGGCUUUUUGCAGAGCUGUGGUACAGGACUUUUUAUUUAAUGGCGCUGCGGGCCAGCAAGCGUAGCCUGCUCUGGACACAGCGCACAAAGCCGAUCGCAGUACUCUACCGGGCAGCCGACCAGAACCACCGGUUACGAGCCACAUACCACUACAAAUGCGAGCAUGGAAUUCUGACAUACCAUACAUGCACUAGCAAACGGCGAGCAGAGCCUGGGUGCCGGCAGUUCCACACCGGUUCAGUGCUUGGCGACCGUAUGAUCAGUGACGACGAAAUCACAGAGGCAUUCGCACGUCUAGAUGAUCUUCUCAGCAGCGAAUCACAGGAUGUGCCCGAGAUCUGGGCCAUGUACGACCAGCUAAAGAUCCGGAGGCUCCUAUCGUUUGUGUCGUUCGAGACAUGGACAAGUCUGCUCAAAACAUGCCAACGCACACCGCCACGAUUACCGGGAUCGCGAAGAGCAGAAAUGCACGGCAGCCCAUCAAACAAGCAGCUGUCCAAGACCUACGUGGGUGCAGGGCAUAAGCUGGAUGAUGCGAAGGCUCCAGGAAAUGGGCAUCGUAGGGACGUUAGGCUUCGCACACUUCUGCCACUGGGUCAGGGGUCGGCUGCUGGCAGGCUGGAGAGCGACUUUGGGCGAGAGUUUGUUGGUGAUGAGAUGCGGGUAUGGACACGGGAUAUGUCGAAACGGCGAGUGCUGAUGAUGCUAGGCGACAUGUGGCGAUGCUCAGAGCCCACCGGCACAGAAGAUACUGGCGGUUUUACUGGUGGACCUCGCGACAUUCCGAUAAUAUCUAUAUGGCGACCGGUAGCACAGCACUACAAUAUAGCAUUCGACGUGAUCUGUCGUGACCCGGCGUCAUCAGUCGACGAAUUGAUCUCGCUGCACACGGACAUGCGCUUGCAUACGGUUUCUGAGGACGCCAUCACAUUCAACACGCUGCUCAAUGGGUGCCGACGGUUGCGUGCAUGGCGGCAUUUUCGUGCCAUCGAUGAGCAGAUGCGCAAGCGACAUGACUGGGGCGUCACACGGAUGGAUGCAACAACAUGGGGCACUCUGAUCCAGGGAUAUCGUGAGUGCGAGGAUUGGGAGUCUGUCGACAGAUGCGUGGCAUUGGCUACUAAAGCCUGCCACGACUGGCGCAAAGAUCCAGGCGUUGGUGUAGAGCCUACUGUGAAACUAUGGACGACAAUUGUCAGCGUAUACGCGCAGCGCAACAUGGUAUCCCAGAUGAUCGGUGCGCGGCGAGUAAUGGGGAAGUUAGGGUUGGAAAUGUCAUCGUGGGCGUUCGCAGCGGUGUUUGCUGCCUUACAUCGCAUGCGUCGGUCGCUAGCACGCAGCCGCAAGGACACAUGGCCUGCAGUAGAGUUGGCGAUCCAGGAGUUUGAGGCUAUGCGUGAUGGUGGGAUCGUGCCCAAUGCGACAGUCUUGACCAACAUUAUCUUGAUCAUUGGGCUCAAGAACCAUGCACAGAACCAUAAAUUCGACGAAUACCCUGGUCGUAUGCAGAGAAAGCUCGAGAGCAUUGGCGGGCAGGUCAGAGACGAGCUUGAGAGCAUGGUAAUGCGUGGGCGUGACCCGAACAUUUAUGCGGCACUACUGAAUCUGAGUAGUCAGUCAGCCAGUAUCCAUGAUGCAGAGGCAGUAUGGCAAACGCUCGAAACUGAGCUUCGGUUCUCUCAGGGAGGAAGCAGACAGCCGCUGCUAAACUCGCUCACACUAUCUGCCUAUAUGCAUGCGCUGAUAAGUUGCCGCGAAUACGAGAAGGCAAUCUCAGUGUUCUACAAGUAUGUGCUGCCCAUGCCUGGCGGGCCGCAUGGCAAACUGCGCGGACAGUUGGCAUCGGCUAGACUACACAGCGUCGACCGUAGCGUAUACGAAGCAGCAAUCAAGGCAUUUGCACUGGCUGAUAGGCACCGCCUGUGUCUCCAGAUUAUACAAAAGAUGACUGCCAGUCGGAUCAUGCCCAGCGUUCUCACAUUGCGAUAUCUGCUUCUGCCGCCAGAUUACACCGAUCCACAGAAAAUCCGGCUCCACAAGUAUACACGCAGAUGGAGCCUGCCACUGUCGGUUGCGCGCGAGGCAUGGGAUAUGGUCCUGGCGACAAGGCGCGAACGCUGGCUGUACGGCUCAAAGCGGGAAGAGGGAGAGAUGCCUGUGAUUGUCAACGACGUUGCUGCGCAGUUUAUCCGUGUUGCUGCGUAUGGGCGGAGUGUCGAAUUUGGCGAGCAGGUGUUUGAGGCACUCAAAGCGGAGAUGGACUACUUUGGCAUGGGCAAGCCUGUGGAUGAAGACGCAGGUAUGGAUGCACCAGCCGAGGAGUUCCCUGAGGAUAUGCAGUGCGUACCAAAUGUGCGCACAUACACGUCAAUGGUUACAUUAUACGGCUACGAUGCGAACUUGGAAGGUGUAAGCCGGAUCUGGUCGGAGAUGCUCGAGCGCGGUGUCCAGCCUAACUUGCCCACAUACACCAGCUUGAUUAACGCUCUGCACAAGGUCGCUCUGCGCAAGCGGUGGAGACGCACUAAGGCAUUUGCUGAGAUUUCUAGCCAGCAAUCCAUUGUGAAUGCCAGUACUGUUGAUAUGGAUGGCGACUACCAUCUUCCAGGGAUUCCUGAUGGCGGCCACAUGAGCACACCUGCCGAGGGGGCGGUACGAGAUCGGGCGACAAAGCAGGACAAGAUGAUUGCGCAGCUUGAGGACUCGCUGAUGGCCUCGGCAGGAUCAGACAAGUUGGCGAUGUUCGAUAUCCCGCUCGGUACACUUUUGCUGAGGUAUCAUUCGAUGAAAAUUCGCGACACUGCCCACGACAUUGCUGCUGAGUCAGGCAGUCCGGAGCAAGUCAACGAAGAAACAUCCGAGGAUAUUAAGAGGGCUAUGCGCGUGUGCUUGGCGGUUGAUGAGGCUGGGUUGCAGCCAGAUUACAGGUUUCACUCAGCGCUGGCAGAUUUGUUUGAUACCUGCGGUGACGCGUCGGGCGCAGAGCUGGUGCGUAAGCAUAUGGGCCCGCUGAUGGAUCCCAGACCGUGA